AUGCCAUCGCCAGACUUCACGCUGAAAGUCCGCCCGUGGCGCCGCGCCGUCACGUCGUGGGCCGACAUCCUCUCCCACGAGUACAAGGGCGCUGGAACUGCUGAGGACCCAUGCGUUGUGACGUGGCUGCCAAAUGACCCCGAGAACCCGCAAACCUAUGGCCAGGUGUAUAAGUGGUCCGUCACCAUGCUGGCCGCAACCGGCACGCUCGCUGUGGGUUUCGGUUCAUCGAUGCUUUCUGCUGCCAUCACAAACCUAAUGCAAUCGUUCCCAGGAUACAAUGAGAUGCUGUACAUCAUGAUAACGGGCAUCUUUGUUCUGGGCUUUGUCGUUGGUCCGCUUCUGUGGGCUCCCUGCUCUGAGGUGUUCGGUCGCCGCGCCAUGUUCAUUUUCACCUACAUCCCGUACACAGCUUUCAACGCCGGUGUCUGCGGUGCCAAAUCACUCAACGUCCUGCUCGUCAUGCGCUUCUUCGCCGGGACAUUUGGCAGCUCGACCAUGACCAACUCGGGCGGUGUCAUCGCCGACAUGUUUGCCGCCAAAGAUCGAGGUCUCGCAAUGGGCGUCUUCUCCGCGAUGCCUUUCCUCGGCCCAGCUAUUGGCCCCGUGGCUGGCGGUUUCCUCUCCAUGAAAGCCAAGUGGCAGUGGGUGGCAGCUGUCAUUGCCCUCUUUUCGGCUGUUCUCACGUUCGCCGGCUGGCUUUGGCUACCCGAGACUUACUCACCCGUCCUGCUGCGCGCACGCGCGCGCAAGCUGAACGCCGCAACAGGCAAAGUCUACCUUUGCGAGCAGGACGUGCGCAAGCCCCUCAAGACCAAGCAGCUCUUCUUCAACCAGCUCCGUGUCCCCUACAUCCUCUUUUUCACUGAGCCCAUCGUGCUCUUCGCAUCACUCUAUAUGGCCGUCAUUUUCGCUAUCCUCUACAUGCAGUUCACAGCAUUCCCCAUCGUCUUCCAAGGCUACCGCAACUGGUCUCCCGGGAUCGCCGCACUUGCCUUUGUUGGCGUCACUGUCGGCGCGUUCUGCGCUCUCGCGUACAUUAUCUUCUACGAAAAUCCGCGUUAUGCACGCGGUCUCGCCAGCAUGGGGUAUCUGCCCCCGGAGGCGCGUCUUCCCAGCACAAUUCUCGGCGCUAGCCUGCUUCCCGUCGGCCUGUUCAUCUUCGCGUGGACAUGCGUCCCCACCACUAUCCAUUGGAUUGGCUGCAUCAUCGCCACAAUCCCAUUCGGCGCCGGCACCGUCAUGCUCUUCCUCGGCAUGUCCAACUACCUUGUUGACACUUAUCUACUGAACGCUGCCUCCGUCCUUGCAGCCGGCACAGUGGUCCGCUCAAUUCUUGGUGUCGUCUUCCCACUGUUCACCUUCGAGAUUUAUGAUGCACUCGGCCCCAAUUGGGCAGGCACACUCGUCGCGUUCCUCUCACUCGCCUUCAUCCCGUGUCCCAUUAUCUUCUACUACUUUGGCCAGCGCAUUCGCCGCAUGACCAAGCCCGGCCGUGAGGCUGACGACCUGGGUCACAUGAUGGCCAAGAUGAUGAUGGCGCAGAUGGCCGGCGCCGCGGGCGGAGCGGUUGCUGGUGCCGCCGUUGGUGCUGCCUCCGCGGCAACACAUGCCGAGAAAACUGAAGAGCUGAACGAGUACGGCAUGACCCGUGCGCCUGCCUCCGACGAGGAAGCCGUGCUCGACGGCCGACCUCAGUUGUAUCGUGCUACCACGGCUGCUACCGUGCGCUCCAUCAGGUCGAUGGAGGAGCUCGGCGAGCUGGAGUACGCCCCGGUCGCGUUUGAGCUCAAGUCUGAUGAGGGAAAUCGCUAG